AUGACUAAGAAACCAUACAGAAAGAUCAAGCCUAAUGCUAAACAAUCACAUGAUGAAAUAAUCACAACACCACCAAGGUCCCCCCAAAAUAAUAAAUUUACCAUUGACUUGGAUCAAGAUUUGGCCUCAAAAAAGGAUGGGAGUCCUGGUCUUACACCAACAGAGAAGAGAAUUAAAGAAAUAUUUCGGGAUGAAUUCUUAUGUUCUCAGAAUGCCACAGAAUCAAUGUGUGAUGUCAGAUGGGAUUGUACAUCACCUGAUGCUAUUAGACAAGCCAUGAAACGACCUAUAAAGAAAACACAAGCAGUAUCUGAACUUGCACAACGACUCAAAGUUUCUGAUGAUGAACUUAAUUAUGAAGAACAAGAUGUAAAAGAUAAAUCACUGCUGGGUUUGUGCCAACCAAAUAUUGGCUUUGCAGAUGCUGUGAAGAGAGAAACUCGAAAAAAAAGUAAGCGGGGUGUUAAGAAAAGAUCUAAAGGAGUCCUCAUAGCACCAGAUUUUACGCAGCAGUAUCAGGCUUGGUUAGACGAAAUUGAAGCUCUGAGAAAAGCAGGAUUUAAUACAAGAAUUAAUAUUUUAUUCAUCUAUUUUCAAAUGCUUUUUAUAGAAGAAGAAGUGAAAGUUACAGAAGUGUGUGAAAUCCCUUGUGAAAUUCUAACUGAUGAUAAUAUAUGUAAGAAGACCUUAUUAGAUGAUCCUGAUUUAGAUCUAUUAUUAGAAGAUGAUACACUGCUUCCAACAGGUGUUAUUAAAUGUGUUAAGACAUCCUCCUCUGACAAUACAGAAGAUGGCUGGAGUGAUGAUGAACUUUUUGAUGAAGAUUCAUUUCUCAUGCAGGCUACACAAAUGUCUGAAAAUAAACUAGCGGAACUGUGCAAGAGUAACAAGCGUAAACGUGAUAGUCUUGGCUUGACUGGAAAGCCGUCCAAAGAUUUGAGAACUGUGUCAAAGACAGAUGCCCCUGUGAAUCAAAGACCAAAUAUCAUCAACAAGUCUAGUGCUACACAGAUUGCAGCAGUAAAUAGUGUUCCAAAAAUUAUUCCGAAACCUACAUUAUAUAACCAACAAAAUAAACCAACUGUGAUAUCAAAGCAGGCUGUAAUUCCAGCUCAAAAUAAACCUGUGCCUGCAAAUUCAGCAAAUGCUAAUUCAUUCCUGUCUCGAAACUCUUUCUACAGUUCAACAAAAUCACCUUUCAGGAAACAUAACAGUUUUUCUGGAAGUCCAAAUAUCUCACCAGUAGAAAAUAAUGUUGGAAAUUCUGUGAAGAGUCCAUUUCGUAAACAUAAAAGUUUCGAUGCAAGUAAGCAUUUAACAAGCACACCAACUGGCAAAACCAAUCCCUCUAGAACUAGUCGAUCUGAUUUUCAGAGAUCUUUAUCGCGAAAUGGUUUGAAUUGUGACAAACAAUUUAAUAACAACAAUCUGAAUUCUGUGAUCAAUAAAAAUUCAAUGUGUGUUCUUCCAAAAAUUACUGAAGAAAAACCUGAGCCAAAAAAUGUGCCAAAGCCUAAGUCGUUAAUUGAUAAUUUUAUGGAAGAAAAUGAUAGUUUUCUGGAUACCAGUAUUUCUGAUGAAAUUUUACGUCAGUUAGCAGAGCCUGAUGAAGUUUUGGAGAGCCAGGCAACACCCAAGGAGCCUCCAGUGAAGGAGGAGGUGAAAGCAGACGUGAAUGACAAUAUUGUGGAUGAUGAGGUACUUCAAGAAAUGUUCGAUGAUGACUUUUCAUUUUCUGAUAUCAAUGUAAAUUUAGAAAACCCUCCAGUUCAAAAAGAGAUAUCAAACUCUUCUGUUCAAAAAGGAGUUUCGACGACAUCGACACAAAAAGGAGUAUUAAUUCCACCAGUGCAAAAUAGGAUGUCGAACUCAUUGGCUCAAAAAGGAAUUUCAAAUAUAUCAGCUCAAACAGGACUUUCAAUUUCAUCUUCCCCCCAAAAAAUAUCAAAUCUAUUGGCAGGAGUGUCAAACACAUCAGCUCACAAAGGAAAUUCAAAUAUUUCAGCUCAAAAAGUAGUGUCAAAUCCAACAGUGCAAAAGAAAGUUUUUAAUCAAAAAACAGUAUCAAAUCAAGUGCAAGAAAUAGGUACAAACCAAUCAGUUCAAAAUACUUUUAGGACAUCUGCAGAUAAAGUGUGUGAUACAAAAUUUGUGAAACAAAGUGUGCAAACAUCUACAAAUUGUAAAAAACUUCAGCCAAACAUUAUGAACAAAGGGCCAGUUUCCUCAAAUUUAUUAAGUUCUAAAACAAACUUAAGGGUUGUGUCCACAUAUCAAAAUGUAAAUUCCACAAACCAGACUUUGGUGAAGAAGCCUUUGACAUCAGUUGGAGUCCGUAAACCUUUGAAGAAUAUUACACCUCCUGUAAAACCUCCCUCUGGAGGUUCCGCCCCAUCUCAAAAUAAGUUUAGUUUUAAGAAGAAGUCAACUAUAGGGUUCACCAAGACAAAUCAACCGGGACAAAACACAGCGGUUCAAAAUCCAGUUAAAAAUUUUCAAUCAACUGAUAAACUGCCUCUUAAUAAAUCAAUUACAAUGACUCAAGAUUUAUUUAAUGAUGAUUCCUUCAACUGUGAUGAUCCUUUGAUAGAAUCUCAGUUCUUGGCAGAAUUAGAGAAAGUGGAAUCUUCCUUGAAAAGUUCUAAAUCAUGA